AUGAAAGUGUUCGUUACAGGCGCAUCAGGCUUCGUUGGUACAGCCGUGGUUCCUGAGUUAUUAAAGGCAGGUCACAAAGUGGUGGCCCUCGCCCGUUCAGAUGAGGCAGCUCUAAAGAUCAAUAAGUUGGGCUCCGGUAUCGAAAUCGUCAAGGGCACCAUACAAGAUCUGGACGUCCUGGAAAAAGCGGCUGCUGCAUCUGAUGGUGUGAUUCAUUUGGGCUUUAUCCACGAUUUCAGCAAAUACGAAGAAAGCUGUUUGAUCGAUCGGAAAGCAACUGUAGCGAUGUUGGACGCUUUGAAGGGCACCAAUAAGCCCUACGUGCAAACCUCGGUGUGUUUGGUAUUUGCGCCUGGAACCCUGGGAAUUGAAACUGGCGUUAAACACACCAGUGGCGCGGGCACCUUGCGUUCAGAUACUGAAGACAUCGUGUUGAGCUACAAAGACAAGGGUGUCCGUGCUACAUCCGUCAGGCUUCCACCAAGUGUUCACGGUAAGGGGGAUCCCAACUUUAUUACCACUCUGGUUAAGAUCGCCGGUGGAACCGGCAAAUCCGGCUAUAUCGAUGCCGGUGCAAACGUGUGGCCCGCCGUGGCCCGCUUGGACGCUGGUCGUCUCUUUAAGCUGGUAUUGGAAAAGGGCCACGCUGGUUCAGCUUACCAUGCUGUUGCCGAAGAAGGCGUCAAGACCAAAGAUAUUGCUGGAACUAUUGGCCAGCUUUUGAAAGUACCCGUAGUGUCAAUUGAAGGCACCAAGGCAUCUGAGCAAUUUGGAGGAUUCGCUUUCUUCUACUCCCAUGGUGGACAAGUAUCAAGUAAAAUUACUCGGGAACAACUUGGUUGGCAACCUACGGAAAUCAGUCUUCUUGACGAUAUCCUCACUAACUAUGGUGCUUGA